GAUACUGCUGAGAAAAUACCGCUUACCAAGAGAUCAUGAAUAUGCUUGUAAGUUGGGUCUUCUGGAAAGAGAAAUUGAAGAUGUGCUUCAGCAAUUACAUAAAGAACGAACACCAAAACCAAAUACAGAGGAAACUCUCUUCUCACAAACAUUACACCAGGAGAAUGAUGGAUGUAUUGAACAGAGAGAAAUUGAUGAAGACGACGUUUGUCCCAUUUGUCAGGACGAGUUAUUAAAGAAAAUGCUUCCCGUCACUUAUUGCAGAUACAGCUGUGGCAACAACGUUCACAUAGAAUGUAUGAAAAUUUGGGCUGACCACCAAGAUGAACUGGAGAACGACUCUGUAGUGAAGUGUCCACUUUGCAGAGAAAAAUUUGCACCUCUGAAGCUCAUUCUAGAAGAAUUUAGAAACUCUAAACAACUUGUGACUGCAACAGAGAAAACAAGACUGGAUAGGCACCUUGGAAUCCCUUGCAAUAACUGCAGAGUAUUUCCAAUUGUAGGAAAGUGCUACAAGUGUACUGAGUGUGUUGAGUAUCACCUAUGUCAUGACUGUUUCACCAGCUUUUGCCAUUCUCCACAUGUUUUUGUUUUUAGACAGAAGAGAAAUAAGAAAUGGAGAGCUCUUCGACAGCUUUCAGAAUUAUCAGCCCAAGGAGGAACAUGUAACCCUAGAAGUAAUUCUAAAGAAGAGAUAUUAUAUCUUCAGGGGAAGACUAGUUGUACCCCAAAGAACAUUGUAAAAUCUUUACCCACCAUUUUAAUUAGUAAGCGUAGUAAUUUACUUGCCCCGGGUAUUCAGUGCAGACUUUGUUUGAAGAGCUUUCAACUUCGUCAGCAUGUAAGACUCCUACCAUGUAAUCACAAGUUUCAUAGGGAAUGUAUUGACACUUGGCUACUGCAGCAAAGAAACACGUGUCCUAUUGAUGAAUAUGUUGUAUACAAUCCUCUGACUUUGAAGAAUACGCCAGCCAAACAUGAAAACUACCCAACAAGUUCUCACACAAAUCUUAGCAACCUUGGAAAGGAAAUGGAACCAGAAAUUUGUGUAUCUGGAAAGGGAUUCUUUCUCAAGCAAAUUUCAUCUGAACAGGCAUCAGAAAUUUCUCAACAUAGCUUCAGAAAACUUGCUAACAAAGAUGUGCCAAAGUCCCAAAAGGAUCUAAGAUUUUUUAGCAACCUCCAUUUAGGAGAAUCCGAUCAGAACAGCAGUAGAAAUCUGAGUGAUUUUUCCAAGCAUAGUAAGGAUUACGCUCUACACUAUUUUGAAACAGCAUUUUCUGGGAAGUCUAGCACCUUUAGAAAGGAUGACAUUCAUACCGCUUCGAGAAGCCAGCAGCAGUCUGACUGUGGCAAUACAAACAAAGUAGUUACUUCUAAAAAAGAUGGCGGUAAUAAUUCCACAAUUCUAAGACAUCCCAGGGAGAUGAAUUUUGAAAUCAAUUUGUGUGCAGCAAGCCAUUCCUCAAAAAAGGACAAUAAGGAUGUGGGAAACGCCAGCCAUCAACGGAGUCUCCUAGCAAGACCACCAUCUAAAUAUAAUCACCUGAACUUUAAAACAGGAAAAAUAGAUUUAUUAUUGGAAGGAAUUCCACUGCAUACCAGCUCAUGA